AGUGUUGCUCCUUGGCGUUCACGAAUGACAGUGGCCGCAGUGUAGGAACCACGCCGCUCUCUUUCGGCAACCCAGCCGCAGCAUCGACGAAACCUGAAAUAGCGCUCUCAACGUCGUCGAAUUCACCCCUGGCCUCCAGACGAAAAAAAUUGCUAUUGCGAUCAGACAAUGCCCGAGGCCGUGUAGGAGCGCUUCCUGCCACCCGCUCUCACCUCGACGUUGGCUUCUGGACCCGACGGAGACCGUAUCCGAAAGGAGGGGGAAGAAGAAAUCCCGGGAACGCCGCUGCGUCUGUCCUUGAACGAGUACGAUAGUUUCCUGGUCGUUAGCAUAGCGUUCCCUUCGGAGAGCCGUUCUGCGCCGAAAGGGGUUGUCUGAUUGGUCGCGGUCUUCAUUACGUUUGACAGGGGGAUUGAGUGUGCUUUUACGUGCGCUCACUGAUUUUGAUCAUCAGAAGUGGACUUGGGUUCGGCGCGCGAGUAAGCAAGCGCUUAGUUCGGCCGGACCAUUCGUCGCUUGUGUCCGCAUUUUCACCAACAGCAGCGAAUCGCCAACUGCUUCGAAGAUGGACAACACGACGACCGAGCCGCUGUACGCCGACUUUCUGAGUGUCUACCUGCGCCUGCCUCAGGACCCGCGGACGAAAGACUGGAUAAUGGUGAAGUACCCUUCCAUCGUGCUCUGGAGCGUCGGCCUCUACCUCUACUUCGUCAAGGUGUGGGGUCCACGCUACAUGAAGGGUCGUGAGCCGUUCAACCUGCGCUACGUUAUUCUAAUAUACAACGCCUUCAUGGUCACAUGCAGCGCGUGGUUCCUAAUCACAAUCCUGCGACUCACUUACGUGGGCGGUGGCUACAGCCUUUUCUGCCAGGGUCUAGACUUUUCCACCGCCCCCAAGGCCAUCGAGUUGCUCGACGUCUACUGGUGGCUACGCAUUCUCCGGUUGCUGGACUUUCUGGACACGAUAUUCUUCGUGCUCCGCAAGAAGUUCAACCAGGUGUCGACGCUUCACGUUGUCCACCACUCGCUGGUCGUGCUCGACUGCUGGUUUUGGACCCGGAUAGGCACCGAUGGCCACAUCUCGUUCAUCAUAGCGCUGAACACGUUCGUGCACGUGGUAAUGUACACCUACUAUUUCCUCUCGUCCAUCGGACCCAAGGCGCAGAAGUACCUGUGGUGGAAGCGUUACCUGACCCUGCUUCAGAUCACGCAGUUCAUUGUGGCGAUGGUUCACGGCUCCAUACCGCUAUUCUACGACUGCGGGUACCCCAAACUGUACGUGUACCUAGCGAUGCCUCAGGGAGCACUGUUUCUCUACCUGUUCUUCGAGUUUUACUUCAAGGUCUACAUCCGCAACUCGAGGAAGGGCUUCCAGACGGUCUGCAACGCGCAGGGAAGUUUAGGCUUGUCCGAGUCCAAGACGACGAAAGUACAGUAGAAGUAUUUGAAGAAAUUCGCUACCAGGGAAUUAAUUAUCAUUGCCUUUCUUUUCUCCAAUACCUUAAUUUGAGCGAAGUAUAUGGUGUAAACAAUGUGUCGAAAAGAAAUACCUUCUCGACCUUGUGUGCGCUGGUAGUGAAGACAGUUGGAAAAUGACGACGAGAUUUAACUAGCCUUCUUGGAGAGCUGGUCACAGCGCUGUUUGUCUGAGCUGACGAUAUGUGUCGUAAGGUGAAAGUGGGAACACAUGUUGUUGCGUUGUUUGUGUCAAGUGAAGCUGGUGAACGUUUCUGAGAUCGCCUUGAACUGAACUUGUCAUCUCAUUUUGUUCCCGGGCCAUUUUUCUUGUGUCACAUUUUGUAUUUGCCCUGUGCUUUGUCGUGUCGACGUACUACAACGUGGUUCUCUUAUUCCAUGAGUGUUGUGCAUGUGUAAUGGCAAAAAAAAAAAAAAAGAGAGGAAGCAACCAAUAAAUGCCCCCAUCGCUUCACACGUUUUCUGAGUCUUACGAAAUAGGGGACCAAAACGAGAACCAGUGCAUUCUUGCGCUCCGAAAUCGUUUCCAUCACCGACCGCCGGCUGACCGUGUGACCUAGUUUUGGUUUUCCUUCUCUGGUGGCCCCGCUCAGUGGUGCGUUGCGUGCUCCCUCAUGAGUUUCACGGUCACGAAGUCGGAUGCGACUACGCUUCGCGGGUACACAUAUCGCUUCCCGCAAGGCCUGAACGCCACGAACGCGUCGUCGUAAAUCAUUCUUUGUGAUCCCGGCUUUGAUCUAACGUUCGACGUAGCUCCACGCGUGUAACUGUUGCACCACUGCUGAGAUGCACUAUUCAGCCGUAAAAUUAAUCAUGGCAACUUAAAAAAAGGUGAGAAAUUUAAAGUUCAAAUGAAAACAAUGGUGAUCGGGGGCCGUAUUUUGUAACAAUUUGGUUUCCGAAGAAUUCAAUUUAGUGGUGGCGCCACAUUUGGGAGGUUCGCUAACGUAAUGAGAACGAGAGGAACGACAGAGGCCAAUUGGCGCAUAGGAUCACUUUGGUCACAAACCAAGGGUACAUAUAGCAAAUUAGCCAAGCUUCUUGUUCUGAACGCCGAUCUCGCCCAUGCACAUGGCACACGACACCUUCGAAUCACACCGAAGCACCUCACGCCACUUCUCUUCGUAGUAAACGACGGAUUUAGUUUCCGCAGGAGUGACAUCUGCGUGACGUCAUCAUGAUGUCCGUGCACGCGCCGAGGUGAUGGUGUCACCCAGGCGGCGGCGAAUCACUGCUCGCAAAGCGAAUUCUUCGAAAUCCGAAGCGUUACAGAAUACGGACCCUGAUACUGGGGACAUCCGUUCUUGGUUUUUAGGCUUUUAUGCAUAAGGUGUAAAGGCACCAUCACUUAGAGUAAAAUGUACAAGUUACUGCGGCAUCAAAUGACACGUUAUGUUAUUGUAACACCAGGACUAGCUCCGCGGGUAAUCAUAAAUUGCUGCUUCAGCGGUUGCUCCGAUCGAUGAUAUUCUCGUAUACACGAUAUAUAGCUGUAACCUGACGAAAAUCAGUGCGGAUGUUGCCGUUAUUUAUGAUAAGAGCACAGCUGGUUAUUGUGGGUGUGAAAAUGUGCAUAUAUAUAAAUACUACACCGACACGAUUGUUUGAAUAAAACUCUAAUCUGCUUUGAUAGCUGCACAAAGCAAGUAGAAGAUGUGCAUUUUCCGUGCAGAAGUACCAUACCGUACGGCCAGGUGUUUUUCCGUUCAAUGAUACGGCAUGGUUUAAGCAUUGUGUCAUCAGGGAGAAAAGAUAAUACUAACAUGGUAUAGGUUUAUAUUUGUCAUAUUCACUGUGGACGGACAUCCUUUUCUGUCCGUGAUGAUAUUUUUGGUAAGAAAAUGCGAACAAAUUCGAAUGACGACGCCAGAAUUUAUUGUUGACAUGGCGCCACUUCUGCACAAAAUGUUUUCUGAUUAGAAAUCACCUUCAAGAAAAUUAGCACAUGAUUGAACAUGAGCGUUCGCAAGACGACAUACAGUUUAAUAAGCCACGUAUCACCCAUCAUUCAGAUGCUGCCAUAACCACCACAUUUGAUGAAUUUUGCAGACACUAUUAGAGAAAUUCCCUGAAUUUCUUUUUAAUAGGUGUGGUCUGAACGCUUGAACGCAGGGGCCAGUAAAAACUACCUUCGGUUCUGUACCGAUUGCGGAAUGUCACAACAGUUUGCAGUACCGCGGCUGAUUCUCUGAUGCUAUUAGGCACCUGUGCACCCCACGGUCACCGAUGUCUGUGUAGUAGCACAGUACAAGCUAGGAGAAUCGGUUUGCGUUGGCAAACACGACGGGAGAAGAAAGAUAAACGGCUGCGUUUUCCAAUUUGUUGCUCUGCUCUUGCUCCGUCAUGCUAGCUUAUUCUGCGUGCUGAACGGCCCAUGCGUGAUGUGCUCGCAGGGAAUAAAACUUAUCUGUAAGCGAGAUGGUUACGGACCAUCAUGAUUCAUGGCCUUUUCAAGGCGGACAUCUUGAGAAGACGCGUGCGAGAUUUGUAAGCUCUCAUAAAUUAAUCCGAUGUAGAAUUCAGGCUGCCUACGGUGCUUUAAUUGCGGUGCACAGACGAACUCUGCACACCAGAUAAAUUUAUUAUCUUUUUAUUUGUUGCACUUCUUGAUGGCUUCUUUGUAUUGCAGUUCUAUUCUUUUUUGUAGGUUGGACAUGGCUGUUCUCCUUGCGUCUUUGCAAGAGGGAUAUUUUGCUUGUGUAUUUCGGUUUGGUGAUGUUUGAUGUCUUUCACGUGAUAUCGCGAAAGUGUGCGGAGCCUCCUUUUUUCCCUCUCUUUUUGUUAUCUUGUUGAAAGUGAGUGUCCGUGUACGCUGUAAAAAUGUUUUCUUUGGUCCCUAUCUCAGACUAUGCGGAAAAUGUCAUACGAGUAUUUCAAUUUUUUUUUAUGUCAAUCUGACGCCGUACAACGUACGGCUGUAAGGACACACUUCACCUCACAUCAUGCUUUCGUGUACCUAACAAUUUGACGUUGUGGAGCCAGUGAUGACAUACUUGUAGCCAACAUUUCCAAUAUUAUAAUAAAUGAAUCAUCCCUGACGUUGCAAACAA